GGCAAGCAAAAGCCUGCUGGGGGAUUCUUCGCCAUCAUAGCGGGGCGGUCGUCGAAGAAUGUGCUGUACUCUUUCCUUGGGCGCUGGAGCAUUUAAAGAUUGUAUAUGCUGUGCAAAUACUGAAGAGAGACGGGAUUUCUUUGAGCUGUGAGACAAAGGCUUCGUGAUUUUUCAUGCACAUAUUUCUAAGAACUGAAUACAAUCACAAACAUGCCAUCGGCCCAUCUGAAUUCCGUCAGCAGCCAGAGGCUGUGUUCUCUAUGCCAUCUGCUUCUCCGGGCUAAGAAGAGAAGUUGGGAGGUACCCGGUGGAUGCAAAUCAUAUUCCCAAGCCAAUAACCCUCAUCCCAAGAACCAGGUGGGGAAAAUGUCUCAUCUGAAAAACAAGGCAGAGAAACAAAAGCGGCAACAGGAGAAGCUGGAAUCCAUUGAAGCCAGACUGGCAACGGGCCAGAAGGAAGAGCCUCCAAGGCAAACCAGAGCUUGGGCUCUGAAAAACACUGUUCUGUAUGACAUUCCCACUGUUGCUGGAGAAAAGAAAGAUACCUCAGGACCAUUGCCUACCUCUUAUAGCCCACGCUACAUUGAAGCUGCUUGGUAUGCUUGGUGGGUCAAGGAGGGAUUUUUUAAGCCAGAAUACCAGCAUCGACUGCUCCAUCAGAAGCCUGAAACGUUCUGUCUCUCCAUCCCCCCACCAAACGUCACAGGGUCCCUGCACUUGGGGCAUGCCUUGACCAUAGCUAUUGAAGAUGCUUUGGUACGGUGGAAGAGGAUGGAAGGCUGUAAAGUGCUGUGGGUUCCAGGUUCAGAUCAUGCUGGAAUUGCAACUCAGGCUGUGGUGGAAAAAAAAAUCUGGAAAGAACGGAGGGCCCUUCGCCAAGACCUAACACGAGAGGAGUUCCUGCAGGAAGUCUGGAACUGGAAAGAAGCGAAAGGGAAUGAAAUCUUCCAGCAGAUGAAGGCGAUGGGAGCAUCACUAGACUGGGACAGGGCCUGUUUCACCAUGGAUUCUGACUUUUCCCAAGCUGUGACUGAGGCGUUUGUGAGACUGCAUGAGGACGGUCUGAUAUAUCGGAACAGGCAGCUGGUAAACUGGUCAUGCGCCUUGCGGUCAGCCAUUUCUGACAUUGAGGUGGAGAACAGGCAGCUUGAGGGACGGACGGAGCUCUCUGUUCCUGGGGUCCAGGGCAAAGUGCCGUUUGGAGUCUUGGUGACAUUUGCUUACAAAGUAGAAGGAGAGGAAGGCGAGGAACUCCCUGUGGCCACAACCCGCCCAGAGACCAUGUUGGGAGACGUGGCCGUUGCUGUCCAUCCAGAUGAUCAACGAUACACUCACCUACAUGGCAAGAGGCUAUGCCACCCGUUCACUGGCCAUCUCCUUCCUGUCAUCACUGAUCCCUCGGUGGAGCAGGACAUGGGCACGGGAGCUGUGAAGAUAACACCAGCACACAGCCAUGUUGACUAUGAACUGGGGAGGAGGCGUGGCCUGCCUUUCGUUUCUGUCAUUGCAGAGGAUGGUACUAUGACAGCCGAGUGCGGGGAAUGGCUUCAGGGGCAGAACAGGUUCCUGGCCAGAGAGAAGGUGUUGGCUGCUUUGAAAGAGAGAGGCCUGUUUCGGGGUGUGAAGGAACACCCUCUGGUGCUCCCCCUUUGCAGCCGCUCUGGAGAUGUGAUUGAAAACCUCCUGAAGAGCCAGUGGUUUGUCCGAUGCGAAGCAAUGGCUCGCAGAGCCUUGGAGGCUGUGGAAUCCGGAGGCUUGAAGCUUAUUCCUGAAUUUUAUGAGAAGAAUUGGAGGAAUUGGCUCUUAAAAACCAAUGACUGGUGUAUUUCCCGCCAGCUGUGGUGGGGUCAUCAGAUUCCAGCCUACCGCGUCACCGUUUUGGGGUCCCCUGAUUUGAGAGAUGAGGAGAGUGAUGGAUUAUGGGUAGUGGGCAGGACAGAAGCAGAAGCUCGGAAAAAAGCAGCAGGCAUGCUGGGAAAAUCAGAAGAGGAUCUGAAGCUUGUGAGAGAUGUGGAUGUCUUGGACACUUGGUUUUCGUCCGCUCUGUUCCCUUUUGCUGCACUGGGCUGGCCUCGCCAGACAGAAGACCUCCAGCAGUUCUAUCCCAACAGCCUCUUGGAGACAGGAAGCGAUCUUUUGUUCUUCUGGGUGGCCCGAAUGGUGAUGCUAGGAGAACAGCUGACUGAAAAACUACCUUUCUCUCAGGUUUUCCUUCACUCAAUGGUCCGUGAUGCUCAUGGCAGGAAGAUGAGUAAAUCUCUUGGGAAUGUGAUUGACCCCUUGGAUGUUAUUCAUGGGGCCUCUUUGCAGGCCCUACAGAAGAAGAUUCAGAACAGUAACUUGGAUCCAAAGGAGGUGGCCAUUGCUCUGGAAGGCCAGCAGAAAGGUUUCCCUCAAGGGAUCCCUGAAUGUGGCACUGAUGCUCUAAGGUUUGCCCUCUGCUCUUAUUCCACACAAGGUGAUGGCAUUAACUUGGAUGUGGCCGCAGUGGAGAAUGCCAGUCGUUUCUGCAACAAGGUCUGGAAUGCCCUGAAAUUCACUUUGGCAGCCCUGGGAGAAGGGUUUACCCCACUGGCUCCAGAGGAGUUCUUCCCCAGCUCUCCCAUGGACCGGUGGAUCCUUAGCCGUCUGUAUCACACAGUGCAAGAUUGCACCCAGUGGUUUGAAGAAUAUGAGCUGCAUCUCAUCACCACCUCUGUACAUCUUUUCUGGCUGCAUGAUUUCUGCAGUGUCUACAUGGAGUCCACAAAACCCAUAUUAAAUAGCAGGGAUCCAGCUCGUCUCCUCUCCACCCGUCAGACCUUGUACAGCUGUGUGGACUUGGCCCUGCGCCUCCUGUCUCCUUUCAUGCCCUUCCUGACAGAGGAGUUGUGGCAGCGGCUUCCCAAGGUGGACUCAAAAUCUCAUCCCAGCAUCUGUGUGGCCAGAUACCCCGAUACUAAGCAGCUGGCUCACUGGAGUCAUCCUGAGGAAGAGGCAAACUUCCUGUUAGUACAGGAAGUCAUCAAAGCAGUGCGCUCUCUCAGGACAAAACUCCAGCUUACCAAAGCUCGACCAGCAGUAUACGUGGUUUGCCCAGAGUUGUCUGCUCGUGGCGUGUAUGAGAACUACCAGGAGGCAUUGCAGACUCUCUCCUUGGCUGGUUCUCUGAGAUUACUCCCUGAUUCUGAGGGAGCACAACCACCUGUGAGCUGCAUAACCAUGAAGGCGAACAACCACACUGACGUCUAUGUGGAUCUUCAGGGACUGGUUGACCCCCAAGAGGAGCUCCUUAAACUGAGGUCUUCACAACAGAAACUGGAGCGACAGCUGGCAGACCUCACAGUAAGGAUUCAGGAGGCCAGAUAUCAGGCUCAGAGCUCCCUGAAAGCCAAGUCGAACCUCCAGAAAAAGAUUUCUUUGCUGCAUUCGCAGUUAGAGCAGAUAAGACAGGCCACAGAAACCUUUCAGAAGAUGGCUGCAAGAUGAGGAUCAUCUCCUGAUGGAACUGAAUAACAAGCACUCAGCGCCAGGCAGCACAUUUAUUACAAGACUCAGCAGGCGAAUAGCUGGCAAAUAUGUUGGGAAGGUUCACAAAGUGAAUAGAUGCCCAAUUUUGUAUCUCAUUUUUGUGAUGGAGUUGUUUGGUGGGGCUUGCACACUGACUUGAUUUGGUCAGUAAGAGUCAUCGGUGGACUUGACCAUAGAGGAGAAGUCAAGGAGAUCCCACGGGAGGGCUGUUCCUCUCUAGUAAUAUUCUAUGCCAAUCUUCGCUGCUGCAGGAAUUGUGGCCUGUGCAGAGGCAAAAUACCCUCAUCUGGCUCUAAGAGUUGUUGUUGUACCACAUGUUGAUCCUGCUUUUGUGAUGGUAUGUUCUGAAUGUUCUCUGUGCAGUGUGCCCUGAUCCAUCCCCAGGGCUGCAUUCACAUGGAGAGCGUAACAUGCAUUCUUUGCCAUCUGCUACAGUUAUAGCUACCUGCAGAAGUCCCAUAAUCCACAGGGCUUGGAAGUAUGUUGCCAUAAUUGUGGAAGAAGCUACAACUUGUCUGUGGCCCCUAUCCGAUUCAUACUUGUUGGGUUCCCCCUGUGGUCUACCAGUGUAGAAGAUGUUGAACAUCUGAACCAGUCUUAUGAAGACUUGUUGGCCCAUCCUAUAUUUUUUGAAAGAAGAUAACCCUGUGGCCUAAAUUUGCUUUUCUACCCAGCAAAAUGAGCUGCUUUUCUCUCGUGUGGGAUGAUGCAGAGGGCUGAAGUCACCUCUGUUGGCUGCAUUAAUUAUGCAGAGCAAGAAAUCCUCUCUUUUAGACUUCCAGUGUAAAAUAACGUUUCCAUCUGCUAUUAAAGGCUGGGUGAGCAAACUUGGA